UUCAAAUUUGUUCUUGUGGCUUACCUAAGGUCUGUUUUUUUAGCUCAAUAUCUUGUACCAUCUCUCCUUAUAUUUUCUUUGUCUUUGAGGAGAAAAGAAGAAGAAAGAAUUGUGCAAGCUAAAAAGAAGAGAUCACUAAUGUAAAAAAACAAGAUAGGAAUAUCUAUUGCGGUGAAGGACAGAUUUCUUGACUAGGUCGAUAAGAUAAUAGAAAUGCAGUUGCAUCAAACGAGUUAUUAUUGCAAGUAUAUUUAUUACAAGGAUCUAAAAUAUUUGAAAGUUUCUGAUGAAAUCGAUUCUUGUAUUCGUAUUUAAAUAUUUCGCGAAAGCCAUUAAAAAAGGAGGAUGGAUGUAAAAGAGCAAGAUAACGGUGUGGAAGAAAUAAUAUGUGACGUGAUGAACGCUUUUGAAAAUGUGCAACGGGAAAUAAAGAUAGAGAUGGAGAAAUUAAAAGACGAAAUGAGAUGUAGUGAAAAAGAUUGGACAGAGGAAAAAAAUAAAUUAAAAGAAAGAAUAAAAAAAUUAGAAGUAACAUGCGAAAAAUAUAAUAAGAUUAAAGACGAGAUAAGUUAGAAAGAACGGAGAUAAAUAGUGAAAGAGAAGAUGUGGAAUGUGUAUGGGAUACGAGAAUUGAGACGAAAGAGUGGCUUGAGAAAUUUGAGGAAAGUGAAAAAGGUGCAAUGCAAGAGGAGAGAAAGAAAAAUAAUAUGAAGGACGCAUUGAUGUCCCCUACUACUCCAAGUACAUCCCAAUUGCAAAGUACAACUACUAAUACAGACUUUGGUCGAAAUAACAAUGAUUUUAACUUGAUAGAAACUCCUAGCACUUCAUCGGGAAGACGUGCGCAAAAUCAAAAUUCGAACAUUUUUCAGUUAAAUAAAUCAAAUAGACCAAAUACUGCCAACAAUACAGUAUCAAAGAAUAGAAAAAAUCAUACUUCCUCGAUUAAUUUCGGCGUUUUCAAUCAUUUUGCGAACAAAUCAGAUCAAUCUGCGUCCAAUAAUUCUCAGAACAUUAUGUGUAAUUGUAAAAAGCCUGCUGUUCCAAGAACUGAACAAUUUGGAUCAAAUAAGGGAUGUCUAUUUUAUAAAUGCAGUGAAAACGUUUGCAACUUUUUGAAAUGGGCAAAUGAGGAUAGCGCAAAAUUUCAAGGUAAUACAGGGAAGAAACGUUCAAUGGUAUCGAGACCGGACAAAAACAGCGAUAGUAACUUUUCUCGCCCUAGCACUUCUAAGGACAAUUGGGACAACCCAUCCACGAAUAUCAUGUGUAACUGUAAUCAGCCCGCUCAAAAGAUGGCGGUUUACAGAGAUAGCCCUAAAAAGGGACGAUUAUUUUAUAGAUGUCCCAAGGGUCCAACUUCCACUUGUCAUUUUUUCAAGUGGGCAGAUAAGGAUGAUAACACAGUUCCUGAAAACGCUAAAAAGCCCAAACUUAUCAGGGGCAGGAGAAAAUGCGGAAUUUGCGGAACAGAAGGUCACAUGAGAUACAGAUGUCCAAAUGUAGUCCCUCACGCACGUUAUCUCUCCCUCAUGAGUUACAUCGAUAAAUUUUUUCGAAACCAGGAACGUAAAUAAUAUACAGUUGUAACGAUUAGCGUUAUAAAAAACUUAAUUAGAAUGGAGAAAUAUCAAAUACGGUUUUUAUCUGUAAGAGUUGAUUUCUGUCUUGUAACUUUUUUACAAAUAUUAAGACUUCUAUUGGAAAGAGAUUAAUAAUCAAUUAU